AUGCCUGGUACUAUUGCAAUCCUUAGGACGAGCCCUGUUCGAGUUGGUGGACAGCUGGACGAGUCUCAAGCUUAUUUUCACAGACUAUUCUGGACGUUUCCACCGUGUAUCGAGGCAUUCCAUCAUUGCAAGCCGCUGGACGGGAACUCCAACAUACUCCCUGUUGCAUUCGCAUUAGUCGAGGGUGAGAAUGCUGAGUCCUGGUCCUUCUUUCUCUCCCAUCUGCGUCAGCAUGUGACACCGCAGCUGGGUCUGCUGGUUAUAUCGGACAAGCAUAACGGCAUCAAGGCCGCGCUUGAGGCUCCCGACGGAGGCUGGUUACCUCCAUCUGCAUACCGGACAUUCUGCAUUCGACAUGUAGCGGCAAAUUUCGCCCUAACCUUCAAGGGCAAAGACGCCAGGAGGCUACUUGUCAACGCAGCUUACGCUAAGACCGAGAUAGAGUUCGAUUACUGGUUUGAUAUUCUGCGGUCUGAAGAACCGACGAUGUGUGACUGGACGAACCGGAUUGAGUAUUCCUUGUGGACACAAGAUUGUGAUGAGGGGCGGAGAUUCGGGCACAUGACGAUGAAUAUCUCUGAGUGUGUGAAUUCAAUCCUCAAGGGAGUCAGAAACCUCCCUGUGUGCUCGCUAGUGAAGGCAACGUACGGAAGGUUGGCCGAACUAUUUAUUCGCAAGGGGAGAGAGGCUGAGGCCCAGCUGGGAACCGGACAACAAUUCAGUCAGCACUUGGUGAAGUGUAUCGAGGCCAAUUUGAAGACGGCGAGGUGCUUCACGGUGACUUUGUAUGACAGGGAUGACUCGGAGUUCACCGUCGCAGAGACGACUCCGACUGGUUCGUUUUCACUGGGUAGCUACAGAGUCUCGCUUGCAUCUCAGACAUGUGACUGUGGAUACUUCCAGGCACUUCAUUUCCCAUGUCCGCAUGCCCUGGCAUGCUGUGCCUACUCACGGCUCACAUGGCAUCCUUACGUCCACCAGGUGCAUCGUCUUAGUUCGGUGUUCAGUGUGUAUCGGAUCGGAUUCACACCUCCCAUUCUGGAGGAUUUUUAG